GAAGGCAGAGAGAGGCACACGGUGAGCAGAAGCUGUCGUCUUCUUCCUCCGACAAACUCUUUGCCGCCGGCGUGCGGGGAAGCUGCGGUGGGCCGGUAAGAACCUACGCCCGCCACCUGUUCGGCCAAAUGUCUCACCGGCGCAAGACCACAAAGGCAUCGCCUUCGAGCACCGGAGACCACCUCAGCGCCCUCCCGGAUUCCGUGCUGCAGCACGCGCUUGGCUUGCUUGAGGCGCGGGAAGCCGUGCGGACGUGCGUGCUCGCCCGGCGCUGGCGCCACGUCUGGAGGCUCAUCCCUCGCCUGCGCAUCACCGACGUCGACGCGUUUUGGAGUGUCGAGAAGCUGAACGAGUUUGUGGACCAGCUGCUUCUGCCCCGCGACCGCGGCUCCGCACUGGACGAGUGCGAGUUUGAUCUCCGCGGGUUCUUGCGGCUGGAGGACGCACGAAUUGACCGCUGGAUCCGCCGUGUUUUGAAGUGCCAUACCCGGUUGCUGCAAGUCCAGCUCUACACUAAUCUACCAGCCACUGCAGAGCCAUUUCAAUCGUUCGUCAAACUGGCCAACCGACCUCUCUUCUCCCGGCACCUGUGGCGAUUAGAGCUCAAUGGCCUCUGCUUGGAAGGUGGCUUGCUUGAUUUUUCGAGCUGCUCGGUGUUGAAAGAUCUGAAGAUCACUAAUGGUGUCGUCUCUACUGAUCAGAUCCUGUCCCAAUCCUUGAAACAACUUACCAUCAUUGGUUGUGAGCUUUGUUGGCAAUUCCACCCAACUCUUAUAUCUGCUCCAAGUCUUAUUUCACUGCAGCUAGAUGAUUAUGUCGGUGUGACUCCAGUCCUUGAAAGCAUGCCAUUGCUAGAAACUGCAACUGUGAAUCUUGGCCAUCAAAAUGAGCAAUAUUGUGAUUUCUGUGAUAAAGGUGGCUUUGGAGAUUGUGAAUGUGGGAUGUGUUAUAUGUAUCCAGACAAUGAUUGUACACCCGACGUCUCUGUGCAUCUUAUGGGUCUGUCUAGUGCUACAUGCUUGGAAUUGAUAGCUUCCUCUCAAAUGGUUACGUUCAGAAGGGAUCUUCGAUACUGUCCUGCAUUCAGUAAGCUAAAAUCUUUGUUACUCAGUGACUGGUGUUUAGUUGCUGACUUCCAAACACUACUGUACUUUCUCCAUUACACACCACUUCUAGAGAAACUCACUCUUCAAGUCUGUCAGAAACCCAAAUCCAAUAUGGAAUUAGAAGGCAGUGACUUUUUGGAACAAUCCCUUGCGCUGAAGUACCUUAAGACAGUGGAAGUUAAAUGUCAAAUGAUUGAUGAGCAGAUUCAUAAUAUUUUGAAGAUCUUGAGCUUCAGCAGCAAAUCCCUGGAGAAAAUUAAUGUCCAAAAGCUGUAGUUUCAGUUUUGAGGGAAUAUAGCAGGACUCAUUUCUUGAGCGAAGACUGAUUUUUCGGAAGAAAUAUAGCUUUUUCAGCUGCCGCUGCUAGCUGCUCCCUUGCAUCAUAUGUGUGCGCAUGAGGCCUAAGUCAGAGUGCGGCCAGGCCUCGAGCCAGAUGUAGGGAAGUUGUUUGUAAUCUGAAUUUGAAUACAUGGGAUGCGUGUGUAGUCUAUAUGUUCAUUUUUGUUGGAAGGGUCUAUACGUUAAAUCUUUGUUUGUAGACGAUUGGUACCAUCACAAGAUCAUGCGACAAUUGC